CUUCCCGAGUCAUAACCAAGCCACUCAGGCGAUGCUCUUUUUCUCUUUAUGAUGGGUGUAUUCUAUUGUCCCACUGAAAUCCUCAUCACUUUCUCAUCAUCUUUCCUUUUACUAUAAUACUUUGAGCACAAGUAAAGGAAAGGAAAAGCAGUGUCAAGUGUUUUGAUUUCCUUCUCUUCUUGACACCCACGCCUAGCAUGUCUAUAAAUCUCCCCUACACACUCUUGCGCAUGAUCCCCUCCCUCUUCUCCACUCAUCCCUGGUCAGAAAAUAAGAAUUCGAUCACACAAAUCAUUGUUAGGAUUCAAACAAGCCCCAAGCUCCUCCUCCCCACCUACCCUGCUCGAGUGCUCUUGAAUCUGCUCGAGUGAAGUUACAUUGUUUAUAAGAAAUACUCAUCCAAGGCCGUGUGGGAUUGCUGGUUCCGAAAUGGGCGAGGCUAAGCAGGAGGUAGAGGCCAAACAAGGAGAGAAGGCCGAGGAGAAGAAAGUAGAGAAGGCAGAGGAAACGAAAGAGGAAGCAAAGCCAGUAGGUCCUCCUCCACCCGUUGUCUUAUCUCUGGAUUUGCACUGCGUCGGAUGCGCAAAGAAGAUUGAGAAGUGCAUACUCAAAUGCAGAGGUGUCGAAAGUGUCGAGGUGGACAUGAUGCAGAACCUGGUCAAAGUCAAGGGGAUGGUGGAUCCUCAAGCCUUGUGCUCAAGAAUCCAAAAGAGGACGCAGAGACAGGUCCUGGUGCUCUCUCCCCUGCCCCCGGCGGAAGGGGACUCCAAGCCGGAAGCUGCUCGGCCUCAGGAGAGUGGCAUGGCCACGGUGGAGCUCCUUGUCAACAUGCACUGCGAGGCGUGCGCGGAGCAGCUGAAGCGAAAGAUACUAAAGAUGAGAGGAGUGCAAACGGCCGAGACCGACAUGACUGCCGGGAAGGUCACUGUGACCGGUACCGUGAACGGCGAAAAGAUAGUGGAGUACAUCCACAGGCGCACCGGGAAGAUAGCUAGCAUCGUCCCCCCACCGUCUAAGGAGAAGGAGGAGGAGGAGAAAGAAGAAGAAGAAACGAAACCCAAGGAAAAUGCACCAGAAGAGAAGAAAGAGGAGAAGGGCGGGGAGACAAAGGAAGAUACCAAUGAGAAGAAGGAAGAAGAGAAAGCACCCGAAGCCGAAGCGCAAGAGAAUGCAAGUGAGAAAGAGGAAGACGAAAAGAGAGAAGGCGGGGGCCGCGAAGCCAACGGCGGCAUCACGAGUGCAGGUCAAGAAGACAUGGCGAAGAGGAUGAUGUAUUAUUGGCACGGCAAUUUCAUGGGUGAGGAAGAAAUGGCGAGGAGGAUGAUGGUGCAGUGGAUGCCGGUCUACAUGAUCGAGCAGCCUCCACCUCCGCCGCCGCAGCUCUUCAGUGAUGAGAAUCCGAAUGCCUGUUGCAUCACAUGACACGCCGUCCAUGUAGGAAUCGAGAUCUGUAUGUAAUGUUGGAGCUAGAAAGCUGUGGCAUUUCCUAGUUUAUAUGUACUCUAAACUCGUGUAUAAUCAGUUCCUAGUUGUUUAUGUUAUCUAUGAACUUUAACUUUGAUUUAAAAACUA